GAACUGAGCAUGAAACCUGAGUAUUGGAAUGCUGAACCUAUUUGGGAGACUGCAGAGACACAAGGUAUCCGAACAGCCAUUCAUAUGUGGCCUGGGUCUGAAGCACACCUACCGCCGAUGGAACCAACAUACGUGGACAAAUUCAAUGGCAAUGAACACCUGGGCAAUAAGGUCAAUCGCAUUCUGGGCUGGCUGGACCUCCCAGGACCUCACGAUCAAGGAGCAUCUGUCGAGACACCGAGGCCGCAGCUGAUUGCAGCAUACGUUCCGAAUGUGGACUCCGACGGGCAUAAGUAUGGACCCAACAGCACUUAUAUACGUUCCACAAUCGCCGAGGUGGAUGGAAUGCUCGGAAAGAUUUUCAAAGGCAUUGAAGAGCGCAAUCUCACAGACGUGGUCAACAUUGUAGUCGUUUCUGAUCAUGGCAUGGCAACCACUUCAAACCACCGGAUCGUUCAGCUCGAGGAUUUGGUGGACACAUCAUUGAUCGAACAUACAGACGGCUGGCCACUUUUCGGCCUGCGUCCUUUUGAUCAGUCUCCAGAGAAGCUCAUGGAAAUUUACAAUGAAAUAUCUGCCAAGGUUCGCAUGUCCGAACAUAAGGGCAAGUUCGACGUCUACCUACGCGACAAAAAUAUGCCCCAGCGCUAUCAUUUUUCGCAAAAUGAUCGCAUCGCGCCUUUGUGGAUUGUUCCAAAGGCUGGCUGGGCCAUCGCUCCCAAACACGAGUUUGACUUGGUGACAGCAUUAGACCGUGGGGAGACAUAUAAUCCGCGAGGUCUACAUGGCUACGACCACGAACAUCCUCUUAUGCGUGCUAUAUUCGUUGCCAGAGGUCCUGCUUUCCCGCACACACCUGGCAGCCGGUUGAAGCCGUUCCAGAACACAGAGGUGUACAACAUCAUAUGCGACAGUCUUGGAAUCGAGCCGCGUCCGAAUAACGGAACCAUACGUCUGCCUUUGCAGACAGAUGGACUGCAUGAUUUCGAGGCCUUUGUGCCAGAACCAGACGAUCCUCCCCCAAUAAAUCACGUCGAUGCUAGUAUAUUACUACCGCUCCCAGCUAUUACCGCUGAUGGUAGUUCUUUCAAGCCGCCAGUUCCAGAGGCGGCGAUAGAUGACGGAGAUGGGACUCUAGAUGGCACCCCGAGCGGCUCCUGGCGGGAUUGGAUCAACGAUAAGAUUCAAGAGAUCAAACAAUGGGCUUCUGGAGUCUUCGGUCAAGGCAAAGAACAAAGCUCUGAAGAUGCAGAGGCUGGAUCGGGAGACAGGCUGGUCCGAUAGACCCUACAAUGGGCUGGGAGUUGGGAG